AGUUUUUCAGUAAUGGAACAACACCAUCUUCUACUGCUGAAGCAGUUCGUCACUGCAGUGAAGGCUAACCCGGACCUUCUGCAUGAACCAUCACUGGACUUCUUUCGCGACUUCCUCAUAGAAUUGGGUGCUACCAUACCACCCAAGAAGUCGCACGAAAAGGCGCAUGCUGAAGCAGGGCAUAAAGCUGAGACGAAGGAGCCGGAGCCGGAACCUAUGGAGGAAGAGCCGCCUAUUCCGUACCCAUCCGAUAUCGAUAACACCGGCGUAAUAGAAGAGGAUAGUGGCGAGCCGCUCCCGAUGGGUGAUCCGAACAAGGAGGCUUCUGAUGAAGAUAUUGAGAAAGCUAAUGAGGAACGAGACAAAGCUAUGUCAGCGUUUUCCGAAGGUAACUUCGAGGAUGCUGUGAAGCAUUUCACAGACGCGAUCGAACUCAAUCCAGGAUCGGCAAUUUUACACGCGAAAAGAGCGAAUGUGCUGCUGAAACUGAAGCGCCCACGUGCGGCCAUUGCCGAUUGCGAUAAGGCGAUCUCCAUAAAUCCAGACUCUGCACAAGGGUACAAGUUCAGAGGCAGGGCAUAUCGUCUCCUUGGAAAGUGGGUUGAAGCUCACUCAGAUCUCGCCACUGCUUGCAAACUCGAUUACGAUGAUAUGGCUAACGAAUGGCUCAAAGAAGUCGAGCCCAAUGCGAAGAAAAUCCAAGAAUACAAUCGUGCAGUGGCUCGACAAGCUGAGGAAAAGGAACUAAGGGAACGUCGCGAGCGCGUCCGUCGUGCACAAGAAGCAAAUCGAAAGGCCCAAGAGGAAGCUGCAAAGUUUGCCGCUGAAGAUGACGCUGGUAUGGGUGGUGAUCCCACAGGUGGUCUCGGUGCUGUGCUUAAUGACCCCGAAAUUGCCGAAGCCAUUAAGGAUCCUGAGGUGAUGUCAGCAUUCUUGGACAUUAUGAACAACCCUGCCAAUUUGAUGAAGCAUAUGGGUAACCCGAAGGUUAUGAAACUCAUUGCCAAAAUGAAAGAUAUCAAGGCACCUGGCAUGGCUGGAAUGUUCGGUGGUGGUGCCGCACCUGGUGGAUGCCCUAUGGGUGCCAAAUGCGGGGAUUCAGGUUGUGGUGGAGGUGGUCAGAGCAGCGGAGCUGCUCCCUCCGCACCUCCCAAAGCACCCGAACCUGACCUCGACUGAAGAUGAACCGGUUCAAGCCUUUCUCUGUCAAGUAAAAUGUGUACUGUGUUGUUCGUCAUAUACUCGAGUUUUGCGCAUCCGGUAACAUUUGUAAUGGGUAGUUAUGUUCUGAUAAGCAUUAGAUCAAAGUAUUUUUGUUGUGUAGAGAUUAUGAGUCAUUCCAUGGCACUAGA